CCAAGGACGGCCGAGUUUCAAAGCAGGCGGCGGCACGGCUGGACGCAGACGAUAAACACGCCGCGCGCAUGAGACUUCGGGAGCCCGAAGAGCAGUCGAGAUGCAAGCUUGCCGAAGGCUUCUGUUUUCGGGCCUAAACAAUGGCCGUGGUUUACUCAGAAAUGCUGCUGCACGCAGUGGAGGAACCGGCGUGCGCUCCAUCACGUCGGAUUUGGCCGAGAUGGACGACGAGGAGAACAUCCCGAAGCCCGUCAUCCGCGAAGUGCGCAAGGUGAACGACACCACCCUGUGCGUCACAUUCUCCGACGACACCAAGUGCCAAUUCAACAGUGUCUGGCUGCGCGACAGCUGUACAUGCUCCGCGUGUGUACACCCCGCAACGCGGCAGAAGCUGGUUAACAGCGUCAAGAUUAACCCCAACAUCCAGCCACUCUCGUGGUCGGUCGAGGACGGAGAAAAGCUCGAGAUCUGCUGGCCGCAACAGCCUUCGUCACCGCCUCACUCUAGCACCUACUCCUGCGAUUGGCUCUACCAGUUCGGCAAAUUGUUCGAGAACAAGGACGGUGAACCGGCUGAGGUGUCGGACAUGUUCUACACCAACACCAAGUCGUCGACAAUCUUAUGGAACCGCGACGAAUUCGACGAAAAUCCUCCGGAGCUGGACUACAAGACCUUCAUGGAAGAACGCUCUGGCCUCAAGCAAAUGGUGAAGAACCUCGUCAAGUACGGCAUCUCCGUGCUGCACGGCGUUCCUCCCCACGAAGAUGAGCUGGAGAAAGUUGCCUCCCGUAUGGGCUACAUUCGUGAGACGGGCAUGGGACGCGUGUUCGACGCCACCUGUCAGCCGGAUGCGCACAGGGGUUCUCGGUUCCAUCAGCACACCGAACUGCCCGACAGGGAGAGCGCCCCGGGCGUCAAGCUGCUUCUGUGCCUUUCGUCAGAAGUCCCCAAGCAGACACUCAGUGGGACGCCCAGCAAAGGCAAGACCUUCUUCGUCGACGGCUUCUACAUCGCCCAAUGGAUGAAGUACAACCACCCGGAGUACUUCAGGUUGCUCGUGUCCACGCCGGUCACCUUUUCGUACUACGACUCUAGGAGAGGGGUGUGGCUUAGAGAUACGUUUCCCAUUAUCAGGACAAACAAUUACGGGAAGAUAAAGAAGAUUCACUACAGCACAUUCUCUAUGAGGCCCCCACUGCUGUCCUCUGGCGAAGCCACGAAGUUCUACGAGGCAUACAGUACGUUCACCAAGCGCAUGGAGGAAGAAUCGUCCCAGUACGCUUUCCACUUGGCGGCCGGAGACCUGGUGGCCUUCAACAACAGGCGUAUCCUCCAUGGCAUGAAGGAGCUGGGUCCGGACCACAAGGACGUGAUCCUGAGGGGUUGUUACAUGGACAUGGACGAAAUUGCUUCACUGUACGAGAAAAUGCGAAGAGACGAUGAUCCCUGAGCCUAAGAAAAAAUCUUUUCUUGACGCUGUUAUCUGUACUUCAAGGCUGCACGCUCUGAAUGGUCAAGAAGCUAGAGAAAACACGGUUCAGAUUUUGUACAUAGUACUUUAUAAUAUUCCACCACAAAAACGUAACGUAUGUCAUUCGUUAAUAAAAUUAGGGCAUACUGCA